UUUUUGCUCCUUGUGCAGAUUAGAUGCUCAGAAGUGCCAAAUCCUUUCAAAACUGAGCCAGACUUGACAUGAAAGGUGAAGAAGGAACUCACCUUGGACAGGGAUUGAUGAUCUUCAAUCAUAUGAUUGAUUUGGUCUAUUUUGAUGCCAGUGAAAAGUUGAAAAAGCAUCUAUGGCAGCUUGCAGUUGAUGCUGACAUUCAAGAAGAAGAAUGGGGAGUGGUCGUGAUGCACCUGUUCUCACCACUUGUCACGACGCAGUUCAUGAUGAAGAAGCAUCUCAAGAAUCCAAUUCAGUUCAUUCAUUGCCAGAAUGGCCUUGGUAUGGCUUUUGCUCAGAGUGUGGAACACAUCUUUGUCUGCAUUGGGGAGAAUCAGAGAGAGGAAGAACUAACAGAGAAGGUGGAGCAGGCUGUGUUCCUUUCCAGGGCUCUUCUUGGCCCAUGUCUUCACAUUUUAAAGGACAACAAAGAUAUGGCAAACUUGGUCAGAGAGUUGCUCUUGGAGUUGAGGACAGGGAGCCAUGAUGGAAACCAAUCCCUCCUGUUGGAGGCAUCCCAGCGUCUCCAUGUCAGCCCAGAUGUACGACAGCAUUGUAUGUCCAUGACCCAGGAACUCAAUAAGAAGCUUGAAAGCUCCACACUAUGCCCACUUCAUGUUAUCUUCACCUCCCAGACCUCUAUUGCUUCCAUCCACUCAUGAAAUGGAAUGGUGAUCCACUUGGGGAGAAAAAGGAUGCCCCAUUCCCUCCUCCUCCCCCUGAAGGAUUCCUCACUUGGGGUUGGGGACAUCCAAGUCCUUGUCAUAUGCCAGCUGCGUGAGACAGCAUUUACAGACUCACUUCAUGGGAUGUUGGAGUGCAUGGAACUGUUCUUCAGUCAGAGGAUAUCUGCUGCAGAGGCAGGGGAUGUGUUGAGAAGACACCUGCCAAAAUUCCUCCAGCUGAUGAGGAGAUAUGGGACCCCAUCCCAGAGUCUGGUCAAUUGUCAGGAGAGGCUCAUCCACGUCACCCAGUCCCUCGCUCAGGAUGUUUCACUCGUCCUCAUUGAGGCUCUCCUCUCAUCUGUAUUCGAUGCCUUGAUAUGCAUUCAUCGGGUGUGUGUCCUGGAGAGCCAAGAGUGGGAGUAUGAGCUGGCAGAUGGAGAGUUCCUUGGCAAAUGGACUCGCAAGUUGUCCCUCUUCCCUUCCCUCCCACAACCACUUCAUCUCCCAUAUCCUUUCUUUUCAUUUUUAACCCCUGAAGAGCUCAUAUGGAGCUUGUGUCAUGAGCUUUAGUCAUUGGAAUGACAAUAGAAAGAACUCUCCCAAUAGUGAGCUCAAGUAUUAGCAGAAUUUAUGGGAGAAAAUUCAACUUGAAGUUGCACACUGAACUGUAAAAUGUAAACAUGAAAGGGGAUA